AUGGUAUUCGACAAAGAGUUGAGGAAUGCUGAUAACUGGCGCCUUUACCACCUUUUAGAGUUGGAGCCACCAGUGACAGCAAAGCAGGUGCAAUGGCUCUUCCGCAAGGUGACGUUACGCCACCACUUCUACCAGGCAUAUAAUAUACUGCGUGAUGAGGAGCGGAAGAGCCUUUAUGAUUCACUGGGUGAAAACUUUGUUGGCUACCUUAACAGUGGCAGCUGGGGACCACUUAUUCAACUACUCGGCGCUAAGGCAACAGUAGCCGUCUGCUGCGGCGUAUGGGUUCUGAUGAUUCUGCUCAUGUUGUUCUUUUUCUUGGCUGUUGGCGCCCGUGCGGAUCGUCUUAUCACGUGGACGUGGAUGCAGGUGGCUGCUCCCGGUUUGACAGUAACUCUCAUUGUGCUUAUCGCGACGGCAGUGGCCAUGGCGGUUAGCUUUUUCCUACGGCAGCCGAAAGAGGAAGGCAUGCGAUUCGUGGACCGUAUUCCUGCGAUCGGUAAUUUUGUCGCUGCCUUCUUCUACUGCAUCUUUGCCUUCAUUGGGGCGUCAACGGUGGACAGUUAUGCACCUCAGCGGCAUAACAACUACGCGCCAUACUUUGCUUUGCCUAUCCUGGCUGAUGUCAUAUAUUAUCUUUCUACCAUGGUGUGGCGGUGGCCCCGCAACCGGCGUCUGGACCUGGAGGUUGGCAUGCAGGAGUCUAAACCCAUCUUGUGGUAUGCUCCGUGCGUGUUCGCCGGUCUUCACAUCAUUUUGUCAAUCGUCCAAUGGGUCCUCCUUGCGCAGCGUGUUGACCGUAUAAUUAAAAUCAGUUGGUACGCUGCCGCAAGCCCUAUUGCCGUCCGUGCUGUGGUACGUGUUGCUGAAUCAUGUAUGACCAGUUUGGCGCGGCGUGCCAUUGGUAUUAAGAGCGUAUUGGGCGUUGUCUUUGACACCUUAGGCUCUUUGUUCUUCAAUGGUUUAUUGCUUUGCUCCGUGUUCUUUACAGCAGCCCGCUUUGUUCGCGGGAGGAGGGUGGUUCCCCUGAUUCUCGUCUUUUUACCGGUAUACUUGGUGCUAUUUUAUCUGCUUUUCUGCACUAUAUACACGCUUUUUUACCUCCUGAGGAGAAUCACGGAGAAUGCGCGUGAGGAGCGGAUGAAUAACCUCAAGUGGACUCCUGUGGAGCCUCAGGCCGGCGACAAGGUGGUUCCGACGUUGCUGCGUGACUUUGAUGCCUCUGAACGCAUCAUUUGGGAUGACAUUGAUGAUGAGAGCACUAUGCAAUAUUCCACCGGGUAUGAUGAAGUUACAUUUGAAACUGAGGGUUAUGAUGACUAUGAAACUGGUGAGGAGGAGGAGGAAGAGGAGGAAGAGGAAUUAUUUGCACGAGGCGCUAUGGUUUCUGGUUCCUCCGCACCUCAAACUGCACCUGCGCAUCAGCGCAACGUUCCUUUAUCACGUCAAGAAAGCGAAUUGGUAAUUGAUGAUGAUCACUCUGUGGUUACAAUUGAGAGCAGUGAAGAGCAGCCCGUGAGGCGUCAUCAUGCAUACCACGAUCCCUAUGAGUCAAGAACUGGCACAGGAUUAGUAGGCCCACAAAGUGAAACGGAGUACACUCAAUAUGAUACUAAUAACGACGCUUAUGAAGUGGGUGAUACAAAUUUAGAAUCUGAAUGCGCCUCCUCCGAUACUUCCAGUAGUUUUGAAGCCUCCGGGACGGCUCAUUCUGAAAGGCAUCAGGACCCACCUUCUGAAAAUGUGCGACGAAAUUAG